AUGGCCAGCUACAGCACGGGCAUGAUUCUGACUGUGGACGGGGGCGUCACCCUCGCGCGGCCUGGGCCGGUCGACCCCGCGCCCCCCUCGCUGCGCCCGCCGCCGACGCUGGGAGGAGUUGCUGGAGCCCGCGUUCCGGCGCCGGCACCGUCAGUCCAGCCAGAGACGCCUGACGGGGCGCGCCAGUGGGGGCAGCCGCGUUUCCGGGCCAAGCGCGUCUUGGUGACGGGGGGCGACUCUGGCAUCGGCUUGGCCGCCGUGCAGGCCUUCUACCUGGAGUGCGCGCAGGUGCUCAUGGUGGGCCACAGCGAGAGCAAGACGAGGGCCGCGCACGCCGAGGUGAGCGCGCUCGGCACGCCUGCGGCGUGCGCCGGCAGUGCGCCGUCGGUCGCCUGGGCGGCCGCCGACAUCUCGAACGAGUCCCAGGUCACCUCGGUAAUGAAGCGGAUGCUGAGUUCGGCGGGCUGGACAUCGCGGUGA